GUAGAUCUAAAAGUGAAACUUUUAACUGUUAAAUGGCUAAGAUAUUCAUUACUUUAUCUUCUAAUCAAGGCUGUGUGCCCUUUAAAAGGUAUAAAAAUAACAGAAUUAAAAGUAGGGGAAUAUUGCUUCAUUAUUAUUACUGUAAGCGGAACAUGUUUUGCAGAUGCCACUAUAAGUAUCAGAUAUGAAUGCUUUAACUAGAAUUAUAAUAGUAUAACUAGAAAAGUUGGAGUAGCUAGCACUACUAAUUGAUAAAGAGUGCAACUAUUAUUAUGUGUUUUAAGAAUGUUCAAAUAUAUUAAUAAGAAAAAGUGCAAGGAUUGGGGAAAGAAAAUGUAAUUGCUGCAUGCAUUUAAAAAAAAGGGGGAGAGUGUAUGACGAAUUUCAGAAGAAAAACAUGAACAUGUUUGGAGAGUUCUAGAAAUAUGAACAGAACUAGACUUGUGAGAAUAUUCGACUCUGCAAGUCGUACAAGUGCUCAGAUCAUCAUAUUUCAUGCGAUCAGAGCCAACAACUGAUAAACAGAACUAUAUCCACUGACAGUAGUCUAAAUUUUAGCAAAGCUCCAAGAACAUUAAGCUGAU